AUGACAAGCAACACAGGCCCAGCCACUCACAGACAUGGAUUCUCUUAUCAAGACAACCUUUCCACCAGCCAAUUAAAAGCACAAAACCUUUUAGACCACAAAGAAGUUGGCAAGCUAAGGGAAGCGUUUGAACAGGACGAGGGUAUUAAGUCGUUCAGUUACGGUCGGGACGACGGGGAGGGACGCCGCACCAACACCACCUUGUGGCACCGCCCUGGGGAUGACAUCACGGGGUUGGUUGCCAGGAGCGAGAAAGUGGCGGGAACAAUGGAGAAGCUCCUUGGUGGCGAGUUGUAUCACGACCAUGCCAAGGUUGUCAUCAAAGACCCGUUCACAGGGGGCGCUCACAUCUGGCACCUGGACUAUGGUUACUGGUAUCUAGACGGGUUUCUGUUUCCGGAAAUGGCGACGGCGUGGAUAGCAGUGGACAAGGCAGACAAGACCAACGGCUGUUUGAAGAUCCUCCCCGGGUCGCAUCAUGCCGGGCGAAUCGCCCACGUCAAGGUAGGAGACCAAGUCGGCGCUGACGUGGAGCGCGUCGGUCAUCUCUCGAGGGCGUGUCCACUGAUGUACGCGGAGCUUGACCCCGGAGACGCCAUUUUCUUCCACUGUAAUUUGCUGCAUAGGAGUGACCAAAACAGUAGCCAGCACCGACGGUUGGCUUACCUGGUGGCGUACAACAGGGUGACCAAUUCGUCUGUGUAUGAGAAAAUACAUACCUUGAGGGGGAAUCCACUUAACAAGGUGUCGAACUCGGCCAUUACAGAGUGCCCCAGUAAAACGAACAUACAAGGAAAAGUCUACUUCGGUGGACCAAAGGAAGACUUGGCACUGAGAAAAUUAGAACAAUAAAAAUAAACUAACAAAACUUGUGCAGAUUAGCAAAGACACGGUGCCAUUUUUUAAAAAUUGUAACAAAGGCACUGCAAACCAAGUGAAUCCCCUUCCAUAAUCCUACUUAAAGGUGCGACAAGGAAUAAAGAGACUAUUAACAUGGAUUUUGCUGUGUUUUUCUUUUCAGAAAACAUAUUUGAUAUUUUUACAAUUUUAUUAUUCUGAGAAGUCGCUUUAGCUACCCACAAUUUUCUUGGCUCUACUAGCUAUAUUGGUGAUAGUAUUUUAGCUACCCCGUCUUUAUU